AUGAUGAGCGCGGCGUCGUUCCUGCCUCCGCUGGGCGAGCGCCCGCCGCAGUACCGCACACCGUCUCCUCCGCGACGCGCUGUCGAGCCCAUCACACCGUCGACUGCCGAAUUUCGAGCAUCGAGGGCCGAGCGCGGCGUCACUAGAGCUGCCAGCCUCGAUCACGACCAGCGCCCGUCAAACCCCAAUCAGAAUGUCGCCGCGGAUGGGAGUUCACAUCAUCGGUCGGGCCACGGCCGGUCGAACUCGACCAUUGAUACCCUCGCGACGAUCGCCCUCGCAACCAGCCCUACCUUCACACCACUACCGAAUCGCGCACCAUCCCCUAAUUUCCAAUCAGUCGUACCAUUAUUCCCUCCCGAACCUAUCAAAUCCGAACGGCCCGCGAAACGCCCACGCUCGGAGCGGAUCCCGUCACCAUAUCGUCCUCGGGGAGCACUCUCGGAUGCCUCCCACCCGAAUAUCCAGGAUAGCAUGACCACCGAUGCGGAGCUUUUGCUCAACUUCGCCCGACCUACCAAUUACCAACCCGGUGGCCAUGCCAAACGAGUCAGCAUCGACGAAACUUUUCACCACUAUGGAGAGGAUGGAACGAGACACAGUCGGGUCGGCUUUGCCGGUGGGAGCUAUGGUGGCCUAAACGAUGCGAAAUCUGCGUAUCACCCUGAUGACCACGCCCCAUCGCGCAUGAGGUCUCGUUCGGACGGAUCAACAUUUCUUUCACGCCCUGUGAUCAGUGGUAUACGCCCAACAACCAGCGCAAGCACAUUACCUCCCAUUGUAUGGGAAGAUGACAAUGAAGACAGCCCGUGGAACUCAUCGGCAGAAACAUUUGGCUACGCUGGGUACAGGGACCAUCGACCUGCCGCUGCUCGAGAAUCUCAUAUGUUUCACAAGUCAAUCGAUCCUACCCCGAAGGUCGAAGAGGAGGAGAGUGAUUCGAACCAAGCAAGCUGUGCUGCAUGUCAUCUGGUGAGAAUUCCAGUCGAAACGGAGGAGCAGGACGAAGACACGUGGAUUGGUUGUGACGGAUGCAAGCGCUGGUUCCAUAUCGUUUGUGCCGGGUUCAAAAAUGACCGAGAAAUCCGAACUGUCGAUAAGUUCAUCUGCCGCAGUUGCCGACCAGUUCACGGCCAGACGACAUUUGUACGCAAGUCCUCGCGCGCCCGUACGGCAAUCGACUACGCCGGUCUAAAUCAAGGUCUUGUGAAAGCGGCCACAGAUUCCUUGGAACACCACUAUCUGGAGCCCAUUCGCCAGGGGAGAAUUCAAUUCACCCCAGAGAACUUCCCUCGGAUGAAACCUGAAUUGGUCACGGCUGAAUACUUUGAGCGCGGCAACGGAUGGACAGAACCAGUCGUGAUCCCUGCGUGUUGGAAUAACCGUGAACCGGUUCCUGAAGUCGACGUGGAUUUCGAACAUCUUGUGCAAGAAUCUUCAUCCCAGGAAAUGUUCGAUGACGUACUCGAUCAUGUUUCCGAACACCAAACGGAUAUUGAGGAAAGAGUCGACUGUGGUCAGGACCAGCUGGACAUGGUCAUUCCUCAAGGGCUCACCGUUCGGGCUGUAGCUGAGCUGUACGGCCCCGAGGAGAGGGUGGAAGUGAUUGAUGUCAAAUCGCAACAGGGAGAGGACAAGAGAUGGAAUAUGCAGAAGUGGGCCGAUUACUACGAAAGCAACGAACCGAAUAAGGUCGUUCGAAAUGUCAUCAGUCUUGAAGUGUCUCAAAGCAGGUUGGGCAGGCUCAUCAAGCGGCCCAAGGUCGUGCGCGAUCUGGACCUGCAAGAUGCCGUGUGGCCCAAGGAGCUUAAGGCUAUUGGAGACUACCCUAAGGUCCAGUUUUAUUGCCUGAUGUCCGUCGCUGACUGCUAUACCGACUUCCAUAUUGAUUUUGGCGGCUCUUCAGUAUAUUAUCACAUACUCAAGGGCAAGAAGACCUUCUUCUUCAUUCCCCCGAAAGACAAGCACUUGAAGAAGUAUGAGGAAUGGUGCAAUUCUCCUGCCCAGGAUUCAAUAUUCCUUGGUAACCAGACCAAGGAAUGCUAUCGCGUGGACCUCUCAGAGGGAGACACCAUGUUGAUUCCUUCGGGGUGGAUUCAUGCCGUGUGGACACCGCAGAACAGUCUGGUGAUCGGCGGCAACUUUCUGACAAGAAUGAACUACGGGAUGCAGAUCAAGGUUCUCAACAUUGAGAAGGAGACCAAAGUUCCCAGAAAGUUCAGGUAUCCUUUCUUCCAGAAGAUCCAGUGGUAUACGGCCCUGAGGUACCUGGAGGAUGACCCCAUCCCCCAGAAUGUGCUGGAGGCUUUCGCGCAGGACGACAACUAUCGGUUCCAUCGACAUUACCCCAUCUAUUACGAGUUUGCGGAGCGCACCAACCAAGAACCUAUGGGUUCUCCAUACUACAAUUCACGGUUCUAUUCUCAAGCCGAGCUUGAAGGCUUGCCGGAGUUGACCAAGUAUCUUCUGCGGACAGCUCUCAUUGCAGGUUCCUAUCUCGCCGACGGAGUCUCCGUGGACACGCGCAACGCUGUCAAACGCUCGAUUCCGAAGUGCGUUGCGGAUCCUGUUGAUAUGAUCAGGAAGUUCGGCAUUUGGGUUGCAUGGAAACGCGGGAAUGAGAAAGCACCUCAGUGGACUUAUCCCGGCGUCAUCGAAAGCAACCCCAAAGUAUCUCUCAACGAAAAGAAGGCUGCGGGGAGGCCCAGCCGCCGGUCCGAACGCAACGUGGACAGUCAGCGUACCUAUGCUGAAAGACAGGCAGUCCAAUGGCCAUCGGAGGAAGUCGCCGCAACUCCGCUUCCUCCGAUAAAUAGCGUCGUAUAUGAGCCAUCCGAAAGUGAAACGCCGGCACCAGUCGGUUUCCUUCCUGAUUUUGCUCCGCAAGAGAUCUCUACACCCAAGCCGCGAACUGUCCAGCGCGGCUCCGGACUUGGGCCGAAACGUGUUGCUUGUGACGCUUGUCGUCGACGACGUAUUCGAUGCCGCCACAAGGAUGAGCCGAAUGACCUGAUGCUGGGUCGACAAAUGGCAAUCAACGGAUUUGGAUCGGCAUCAGGCGUGAGCACACCUUCUUCUUUGGCGCAGGAUGCUGUUUCGGCGCUCAACUCACUGGCAGCAAUCGCUUCCCAGGUUGGGUUCCAAAGCAAUGGUGCUGUUGGCUUGGAUCAGUUCGAUGGAUCGGGCAAUUUUCAAUCAGCUGUCAUGGGUACUUCUACAGCGGCAGCUAAUCGACUCGGCGAUCUCAGCCCCGACGGAGCGAAUGGCAAAAAGGGACGGAGCAAGGCAUGUGAUGACUGUCGGAAGAGCAAGCGCCGCUGUAUUCAUGAUGAGUAUGGCAGGAUAGAUCCUAUCAAGGCCCAAGAGCGAUCAAAACCUCGAGGCACCGCUUCCGCAAAACGACCACGGCCCAAUGGGGAAGACGGUGUGCCAUCUGUCACCAAGAAAGCGAAGCAGGAGAGCACGUCUCCAGUUGCGCAUCAAGGAUUCUUCGGCCAGAACGACGAUAAGGUUGCAGUGAUGCAAGCUGCCUCUGUAGCGGCUUAUGACCCCGAUGCUGUCGACUACGGUCCGUCAAAUCAAUUUCCAGCACAGCCUCACAAGAAGGGCGAGACGUCCCUUGGCCUCACCUAUGCAUCGCCGCCUGUUUUCCAUGCCGAAUCGGUUGAUGCGAAAGACCCCAAUUCCAUGUCUGUUUCGUCGAAGCCGACCACGUCUUUGGUUUCUCCUCCCACAUCGCUGGCCGACGAAAUGGAUGUGACACAGGAUGGCGAGGCGUUAACGUCUGUUGAAAGUGAAGCUCCGUCACUCCACACGCCGAACUCCAGCUCUCGUCACUCUUCCCGUCAGCCCCGACAUGUUGAACGAUUCGUGCCAGAAACAACUCUAUCCCGUGCGCCCAAACCAGCUGCUCGGCCGGCACCAUCCACCAUGCGCCGAACGACUCCUGGUCCACUGCCAGCGUCUGCCAAGAAGCCGUCAUCACGCCCUUCGUCAUCCCAUACGAAGAAAAGUUCACCGAUGGUUGAGAAGCGCUUCGAGCGCCUCAUGGCAUCUUCAUUAUCACCCAAUCAAUCAAGCAAGCAUUCGAAGCACCUCAUCGACGAAGAGAAUACGGAUGCAGAGAGCCUUCGUCUGAUCCGGGAGCUUCAAGAAGAGGAAUUCGGGCUACGAAAACGCUCUACCCGCGGCUAG